UGUGUGUGUGUGUGAAUAAAGGUCCUUGCUUUAAGCUUUGAUCUCUCCCUCUCUCUCAUCCCUUGGUCUGUUGAUGUAAUUCUCCACUUCAACUCCCUUUAUUGUUCAAACGGUACCAAGAGAAAGAGUUCAUAUCAAUUAAGAAGAGGAGAAGAAAACAAUGGUUUUUUCUUCCUUCCCAACUUAUCCUGAUCCCUCCAAUUGGCAACAUCAAACAAUCAUUCCUCCUCCUCAACCGCAACCGCCGCAUGGAGGAGGAGAUGGCGGCAGGAGCACAGGUUCAUCAGUGAGGCCAGGUUCCAUGGCGGAAAGAGCCAGACAGGCGAACAUAACCAUGCCUGAAGCAGCCUUGAAAUGUCCAAGAUGUGAAUCCACCAAUACCAAGUUCUGCUACUUCAACAACUACAACCUCUCUCAGCCUCGCCACUUCUGCAAGACCUGCCGCCGUUACUGGACACGCGGCGGUGCCCUAAGGACCGUUCCGGUCGGCGGUGGUUGCCGGAAAAACAAGCGUUCCAAAAGCAGUAGCGGCAGAGGAAACAACAGUUCCAGUACCAGUUCUAGGUCCCAAGACUCAAAUCCCAUUGUUGGACCAACAACUUCAUCUAUGAGUUCGAUGCUCUCUUCCUACAACACUGGAUCGGACACAAGCCAUGAUCGUGGAAUAGGGCCUGUAUCUUCUUUACCAUUGGAUCCACACCAUGAAUUCACCAUCUUCCAGUACGGCGCCGUUUCAGGUUCUUACGAACAUCAUCAGCAUCACCCUCGUCCUGACCUAACCGCUUCUGGGCUUUUGUCGGGGCUCGAGCAGUGGCGGUUUCCGGCUGCUCGGCGGCUUGGAGAUGGCUUCACCGUCGCUGUCUUCCGGGUUGUACCCGUUUGA